GUCAUUUCCGGAAGUUUGUCUACUUCCUAUUUAAAAUUUUGCUUCUGGUGAAUAUCUGGAAUUAUUUACGAAUAAUAAGUUAAUUGUCUUUGGUUGCGUUACGUCAAGCAAAAAUAAUAAAAUAGUUAACUGUCUAUUGGAAGUGAGCUUUGAUUUAGCAAGUAUUUACUAUAUAAAUUCUAUCCGAUGUUUAUAAUUUCGUGUAGUUCUUUAUAUUCGCGUUUCCCCUCAGACAACUUGAAAGUAAUGGAGCCUAUGCAGGUAGACGUGAUCCCUGAAGAGAACGAUAAUGCAAACGCUUUAAAUCAUCUAGUUGAAAAUGUAAAUGUUGACCUAGAAUCUUUAACAUCAAAUUUCUCAGGUCUGGCUAAAAUUUACCGGCUGCAGUAUAUAGCUCAACACUGUCCUUCUAUAAGACUUGAAGCUUUGAAACUGGCUCUAAAUACAUGUAUGCAAACUUUCAAUGUUCAAUUAUUCGAGCAAAUUGUUCAGCAAUUGGAGGUAUCGUGCCCGAACAUGGUUUCCGUUGAUUACAAUUGGCUUGAAAUAACAACUAAAAAAUCUGCUCUAAAAUUGGAAAAACUAGAUACUGAUUUAAAAAAUUAUAAGUCAAAUUCAAUAAAAGAAAGUAUUAGAAGAGGACUUGACGAUUUGGGUGAUCAUUAUUUGGAUUGUGGAGAUUUAAAUAAUGCUUUAAAAUGCUAUUCAAGAGCGAGAGAUUUCUGUACGGCACCUUUACAUAUAAUUUAUAUGUGCUUAAAUGUUAUUAAAGUUAGCGUAUAUCUUCAAAACUGGUCGCACGUAUUAAGUUACGUAAAUAAGGCUCAAACUUCUUUAAACGUUGAAUUAGAGGAUAGUCAUCCGAAUAUUGUUACUCGUCUAAAAUGUGCAUCUGGUCUAGCUGAGCUCUCUCUUGGUAAAUAUAAAUCAGCGGCUAAGGCUUUCCUUCAAGCGCAAUUCGAAUAUUCUGACAUUCCUGAUAUGACUAGCGCUAAUAAUAUAGCUGUAUUGGGAGUAUUAACUUCAUUAGCAACUUUUGAUCGGCAGGAAUUACAAAGAAUGGUAUUAAGUUCAGUUUCAUUUAAACUGUUUCUCGAACUUGAACCUCAAUUACGCGAAGUUUUAUACGAUUUCUAUAAUUCUAAAUAUGCCCAAUGCCUGAAAACUCUGGAUAAAAUAAAAGAUGCUUUACUACUCGAUAUCUACUUAGCUCCACAUAUUGAAAUUCUCUACAACGAAAUAAGGAAGAGAGCUCUAAAACAAUAUUUUAGACCAUAUACAAGUGCAAAUAUGCAUAAAAUGGCGGAGGCUUUCAAUACAACAGUUUCGAAUUUGGAAGAUGAGCUAAUGAAAUUAAUUCUUGAUGGGCAAAUUAAUGCAAGAAUCGAUAGUAAAUUGAAGAUACUUUAUGCAAAAAGAGUUGAUGAAAAGAAGACAACUUUUGAAAAAGCUAUUCAAGUUGGUAAAGAUUACGAAUGGAGAAUGAAAUCAAUGUUAUUUCGCAGUGCAGUUCUAAAAGCAGGUCUACAAGUUAAAAGCACAAAUCAAGUAACGAGAGAAUGUCCAAUGAGAAAUGAAGUUAAUGCUACUGCGCGACAUUAA